AUGAGCUUGCGUAGGCUCUUGUUCAAUUCCUCAGAUUCCUUAAAAGGGGUCUUGCUCACCUAUACUAUCAUGUCCCAAAAAUUGCAAGAAACCCCAAUACUUAAACCAGUCAACCAAGGAGCUGACUUGGUUUUAAAUCCUAUGGCUGAAUUGGAACCAGAGACUAGUCCUGGUACUUCCUUUGCUAGGAUGUUAACUGCUGUUAGUAACUCCGUAUCAAAGAGUAUUAAUCAGCUGUCUCAUUCUUUGAAUUCACAAGAAAAUUCACCUUCUUUGGUUCCAAAUAAUUUAGAAGAGGAAACAGUUCAUGCUUUUUCGUCCUCCCCAAAACUUGGUUUGGCAUCCCCUUUAGGACACUCUUCUUCAAGAGUAGAAAGCCUGGCUCAAAGUCUUCACGAAGUAGAACUUCACAAUGGUGUCCUCCCUACAUUUGAUAGUGAUUUACACACUCGUAAUCACUUGCUGUCAGCACAAUCAACCGAUACUUCACCUUCAAAUCCAGCCACUUCAAAUACUACGGAAGAAACUAGUAAUUCUCCUACCUCGCCAUCUUCGUUUCUUAAAGUGGUUCCUCCAAUGCCUGUCAAUUUGGACACAACUGGUGAACGACUGGAUACUAUGACUUCGCUUGAUAUGCUUACAGAAGAUCCUAUUCCUGCUUCAGAUUUGGAAACUACGGAGCAAACGCCAGAUCAUGAUCUCCAAUGUGUACAUCGUGAAGAGACUCCCCUUGCAAGUGCUGUCAAGGGUGAAGACUCAGUUGAAGAUAAUGCUGAUGGCUCAUUACCAAGAAUGCCAGGAUCUUUUGAUGUUAAGGGUUUGAAAGAAGAUGCAAAUGAAUAUGCACAAUUGAAAGAAUCAUUAAGUAAGAACGAAACCCAGGAAUCCCUCGUGUUAUCAAGUCCCAAAUUUACUCCACCGAUGGCACAACAAGAUUUCAAGUCCAUACUUGACCCUGGUAGCAAGAAAGGAUCAGUAGUGUCACUUCUUGAGACUAAAAGCAAUAAAAGUACUGCUUCCCUGAGGGUGGACGAUAAGAAUGUGAAAGCAGAUAUUAAUACUAAAUUGGAUUCUCCAAGCCUUGUUCUGGUAACUGGUGAAGAGCGAAUCGUUGACAAUACCGCUGAAUCAAGCCAACCAACUAAGGUAGUUGGGCCUGAAAUUGAAAAUAAAAACAUACAGCUGGAUUCAUCGAAUUUGGACUUGCCUAAUCUCUCGCAAGCUUCUGUUAUUAGCUCUUCGUCCAAUAUCAACACAAAUAAUAAUGCAGAUACUUCUACAGCUUCUGACAGCACUGCAAUCAUUAAACCAAAGUCAAAGGAAGACCGUUCCGCUAAUUCGAGCUCGAUUGCACAAAAGGGACCUCCAUUGGGUUUCAGUAUGUCUUCGACAGCAGCAAAUUCACCUAAAUUAGUGCCAACUUCUUCUCCAGGGAAGUCGACGGUUACGACUCAAAGUCUGAAGGGUACACCUGUUUUUGCCUCUAAUGCAAAGGUGUCACCUGCGUUAAGUUCAUCCCAAAAAUUCACAACUACACCUAUAACUGCUUCUACUAGAGAAAACUUCCUUAUUGGUGUUCAUAACCCAAGCAAGGGUAAUCAAUCUAAUGCAAGUAUUAAUGGUAAGAAGCGUAAGAGUGGUAACAGAGUCAGAGGUGUAUUGAAUCAAAUGUUUGGUAAAUCGAAAAUACUUUCUGCCACACCAACAUCCGAAGUUUCUUCCAUUAAUAUGAAAAUUAGUACUCCCUUUAAUGCGAAGCAUGUUGCACAUGUUGGUGUCGAUGAUGAUGGCUCAUACACUGGGUUGCCAAUGGAGUGGGAGAGAUUACUUUCUGCGAGCGGAAUAUCGAAAACAGAGCAGCAACAGCAUCCUCAAGCAGUAAUGGAUAUUGUCGCAUUUUAUCAGGAUUCGAAUGAAAAUCCUGAUGAUGCAGCCUUGCGAAAGUUCACUUACGACCAGCCUGAUUUCCAAUCCACAUCCUCAUCACCUAACACGCCAACUACACCUCAAACUGAGUCGUUUCAAUUUGACGAAGAGAAUGGAAAUAGUACGUGGACGCAAACACCUACUCAACAUUAUCAAGGAAAACCACAAUCUCCAAGUCCCUCCCAGGCUAGAUCACCAUUUACAGGAAGUGGAAAUGAGAACCUAUUCAUUCCUAGUAGACCAGCUCCUAAACCUCCAAGUCAAACGUCCACGCCAUUACAUGGCACAUCUCAGAAUCCAGAUCAAAUUACAGACUCUGUAUCCAAUAGAAAUUCAUUGACCUCACCCUCAAAGGUUCAUGCAUUUGGUAGAUCUAUUUCAUCCAAGUCCAUCAAGAACUUGAGAGCUUCCCGGAAGUAUUCCGACGCUAAAGCUGCUAUCCCAAUUCCUUCUGCUCCUUUGCCAAUUAUUCAGCCUAAUGGGGAAAUCCAAUCGGCAUCAUUGUCAGGUACGUCUCUGGGCCUUCCUAAGUCUAAAUCACACAGUUAUUCUUUAAAUAAGCAAGUUGCACCUACACCACAAAAGGGAUCAACUACUGCUCCCUUGCAGCAGAUUCCAAAGUUCAAUGACUCUACUUCUGCUCCUUGCCUGGCUCAAAGUAACUCUAAUCUUACUUAUCCCAAGCAACGAUCCGAUAAAUUUGAUUUCAAGAGCCAUCGGCCUCCACCCCCACCACCAAGUUCACAAAGGUUUCCUCUACCUCCACCUCCACCACCACCUCCAUUGCAGCAGCCACCAGUACCUCCACCAGUAUCGAAGGCUCCGUCGAAUGGAUCAGACUUUGAUAAUCUUGCAUACAACUCUAAGAAACUGGCACCUCAAAGUUUCCAACAAACUGAUGAUGAUUUGACUAUCCCUCCAAGAGUUGACAGAACAUUACCAAGUAAGCAAGUUCAACAGCAAAAGCAAGAGCAAUCGCUUUCACAAUCUCAACAACAGCAACAACCAAAUGGUGAAAGAAAGAAGGUUACUACACAACAGCCUGUUAGAGAUGCUAAACAAGCUGCUAUUUUGCAAGCCAAGAAAAGAGAAGAAAAGAAGAGGAAGAACCAGCAAAUUAUUGCGAAGUUGAAGAGCAUAUGUAGCGAAGGGGAUCCAACAAAGAUGUAUACCAAUUUAACGAAAAUUGGACAAGGUGCAUCCGGUGGUGUUUAUAUUGGGCAUGAUAUCAAUAAUCAAUCAAGCACUGUGGCGAUUAAGCAAAUGAACUUAGAACAGCAACCAAAGAAGGAAUUAAUUAUUAAUGAAAUUUUGGUUAUGAAAGGUAGCAGACAUCCUAAUAUUGUCAAUUACAUAGAUUCCUACUUGAUGGGUGGGGAUUUAUGGGUUAUUAUGGAAUAUAUGGAAGGUGGAUCUUUAACCGAGAUUGUUACUCAUUCUGUUAUGACUGAAGGACAAAUUGGUGCAGUUUGUCGGGAAACAUUAAAGGGCUUGCAAUUUUUGCAUCUGAAAGGGGUUAUCCAUCGUGAUAUCAAGUCGGAUAAUAUCUUACUUGAUAUGGGAGGGAAUAUUAAAAUGACUGAUUUUGGUUUCUGUGCUCAAAUUAACGAGAUUAUUUUGAAGAGGACAACUAUGGUUGGUACACCAUAUUGGAUGGCCCCUGAAGUGGUUAGUCGUAAAGAAUAUGGACCUAAGGUUGAUAUUUGGUCUUUAGGUAUUAUGAUUAUUGAAAUGAUUGAAGGUGAACCACCCUAUUUGAAUGAGACACCAUUGAGAGCCUUGUAUUUGAUUGCUACAAAUGGUACCCCCAAAUUGAAGAAUCCCGAAGCUUUGAGUUAUGAUAUUCGCCACUUCUUGAGUUGGUGUUUGCAAGUUGAUUUUAAUAAGAGAGCAACUGCAGAAGAAUUAUUAGCUGAUCAAUUUAUAGUGGAUAGCGAUGAUAUUUCUUCAUUAGCUCCAAUGGUUAGGAUUGCACGGAUGAAGAAAAUUGAUCAAGAUGACGAUUAA